AUUGCAAUCGUGUAUAUAUGGAUAAGCAAGUGAAAUGUUUAAUCACUGAGUCUUCCUGAAACGAAAUCAAGUCAUCAUAAACCAGAAACCAAGCAUUCUGUUACCAAGAUGCUGCUCUUUAACGUUGCAAUCCUGAUGGUCCUGGCUAUGGCUGCCAGUGCUUAUCGGUGGAAUAGCUGGACUAGCUGGAUCGACCAAGAAGAGUGUAGGGUGCUGUGUGGAGGUGGCUAUAAGCUACAGCAGCGAACUAGAAGCUGCCAAAGUGGAUCCUGUAGCGGCGACAGCCUGCAACAAAGAAAUGAGACGUGCAAUACACAAUCCUGUGGAGAUAAGUGUCCUGAGGGAAUAAAGACGUUCAUUCCUCAUGCGACUAAUAUUCAACGCUUUUACCAGUGUGCAAAUGGAAGGGCGUGGCUGAAUAGAUGUCCGAGUGUAACCGUCUGGAAUCAACGCCUAACACUAUGCGUGUGGGCUUAAAUGUUGAUUCACUAAAGCGUAAUGCUUAUUGACCAAAAAAUUCAAGAUGGCAAAAUAAAUUUCAUCUGAGAUA